AUUGUUAUGUGUACAUAUAUAUUGAUAUAUCACUUCAAAUUGUGUCAUAAUCAAAUACCUUGCUAAAACAACAAGACCAUUAGAAUAUGGGCCAAUCCCUCCUGAAAUUUGCUCCCGGAAGUGAGCAGCAGAACAUCAAAUUAGUUCCCACCAUAGAACGGUGCUAUGAAAAGCAUUUUAAAACCAAAAAAGACCCUACCGUAGCCGAUUUCUAUCGAGCUGUUUGCGAAACUGUCGAAGACAUCAACAAAGAGCUAGGUAACACACAAUUUACGAUACCCACUGCUGCUGUAGUCGAUAAUGCCUACAGUAACGAUCAUCAGAAUAGUGGACCAGUGACAAAGGAACAGUUUCAAACGAUCCUGAAAAAGAUAUUGACCACAAGCGCAGGAUUCACAGGACUUGGAGGAGCUAAGGAUACGUUCAUCUACGUCUUUGGAGUUCCUAUUGUUACUCUGUUUCUUAAGCAGUCUUUGAUGCCACGUGUUAUUCGUAAUGAGUUCUUUAUUCCAGGGGUCACUUCUGCCACAGUCUUUGUUCUUGCCAAGCUGAACAAGAUUUGAUCAUCUAUAUAUAUUGUAUUGAUAUCUAAUUUCUACUAUGCACUAUUAAAUGUCCUUAAACAAUUCACACACCUUUGCUCCCUCACUUUGCUCCCUCACUUUAUUUCUUUCUCAUGGUAAUAUGGUAUACUGCUGGUUCACAUCUUGUCUUUCUCAUCAAAUUAGUUACCCACUCUUAUUAUUAUAGCAUUUGUUGUACUAUUACAUAGUCUAUCAAAAACACUUACUAAUUAAUGUAAGGCAAAAUAGCAUAGCAUAGGAUCUCCUUAUUUUGUUGAGUAAUGUUUACUUAUUUACUUAUUGAAAUUUGAAGAAUUUUCAUUUAA